CCGCGGCGGUCGCAGUUACGCGAGACAACCUGCCUAGAGUACCUUCAUCUUCUCGGAUCCAGCCUUUGCUAGAUCAGGUCAGCCCGGAAGAAAAAAAACUCCAAUUUUCACGAAACGUCGGAAAAAUUCGUAGUUUUUUACACGAUUGGAACCCGAAAUAUUGCUUUUGAUCAAAAUGAAUCAUCGUGAAAGCAUUAAAUCUAUUAUUAAAGAACUCUACGUGGAGAGUAUUCAUACUAAAACCAACAUCUUCAAUAAGCUCCGGACUUCUUAAGGUGCAUUUUAGUGAUGUACGACAGCGCCAGCUGUUCGUAUGCAGGAGCGCUGGACUUAAAGGGAUCGUUGGGAGCUGGAGUAGCGGCCGCAGGAGUUUCGGUCGCGUCCUCUAGCAUCAAGCAAGAUAACUGGCCGUACAGAGGUCUAGCUUGCGGUAGCACUUUUCAGCAACUUAAGCAAAGUGUUGAAAAAGCCAAACAAGCCCUCGCAGAUAGAGGGGGUUACCUUGCAGGUGCAUUUUCACCCCCACCACGUGUCAAUUCUACCAUUCCGCCUACGACUUCAAUCACUGAUGAUGUGCCACAACCUUGAAAUAAUGCACUCGUCAAUAUCCGAGAGUUCAUAUUGUUUUGACAUGUUUCCAGUUUUCCAGAUCAAAACUUUGCACUAGUUUGCGCAUCACUUGAGCUAAAUAUCGUUUUACGACAAUUCUAGUACGCGGAACUAUUGGACUGUAGGAAUAAAAUUGCAAAAAAAAGUCGCAUCACUGGCGGGCUGCAAACCGCUAACGGGCAUUACACGUCUAUUUCCAGUUAAGCAAAAUUGCAAAGGAGAAGCUUGGAUCUGAUUGGUCGUGGAACCUCAUACUCUUGCCGUAUGGCAGAAAAUACGUGCUACCGGAAGUUCAAGAGACAUCUUCACCCCCAUACUAUGAAUCGCCCGUAUAUGUGUAUGCGGUAAUUCUUAUUUUAGUACUUUGAGGGGUAUCAUACUUCAAAUAAAUCCAAUGGAUGGGGCUCCAAUCAGGCAGGCCUGUUUGUGCAAUUGGUUAUGUAUAACAAAAAUACUAAAAUUAAUUAAAAACUUAAUACUUUUUAAGAAGAUGAAAGGAAAAUCAUAGUUUUCAGUGUAAGUAAGAAC